AAUAUAGAAAGUUUCAAUUUUGUUGGAGCCAUGAGUUCCUCACAAGGUCUCAACACUCUUACACAGAUCAAAACAAUUCCGGAAGAUGGUUCAAGAUUUAAAGAACAAGAAGAUCAACCUUUGAGCCCUAUGGCUAGGUUGUUCCAUGAACCUGGCUCCAAUGUGUACAUCAUAUCCAUUAUGGGGUGCAAAACUAAGAUCAACGUUGAUGUAUUAAAAGAAAAUCUUGUUCAAUCUCUCCUUCGACAUCCUCGAUUCUCAAGCCUACAGGUUUUCAACAAAGAAACCCGGAGCAUCAGAUGGGUUCCGACAAAUGUGAACAUCGAUGACCAUGUUAUCGUUCCAAAACUUGAACCAAACAUUGCAUUUCCAGACAGUUUUGUUGAGGACUAUAUCUCAAACCUCAGUAAAUCUCCCAUUGAGGACUCAAAACCUUUAUGGGAUCUCCAUAUUCUUGACAUUAAGACGACCAACAAUGAAGGAACAGGUGUUUUCCGCUUCCACCAUUCCUUAGGGGACGGUAUUUCUUUAAUGACACUUCUUCUUGCUUGUACAAGAAAAUCAUCGGAUCCGAAUGCCUUGCCUACGCUUCCUUUCAACAAAGACUACAGCUACAUAAAAUUUAAAGGAUUUUGUUCGGUUCUAGAAAUGUUGUGGAACUCCUGUGUUGCGCUUGUGAUGUUUGUGUUCACCGUGUUGUUUCUUAAAGACACGGAAACCCCAUUAAAAGGCAAUCUAGGAGUUGAGAAUAGACCAAGGCGUUUUGUGCACAGGAGCGUCAACUUAGUUGACAUCAAGGCGGUGAAGAAUGUCAUGGGCGUGACAGUCAAUGAUGUCGUGCUUGGAGUCACUCAGGCAGGAUUAUCACGUUAUUUGAAUCGUAGAUACAGUGAAAUCAGUAAUGCUAAGGGGACUUAUCAUUGUAACAAAAACAACUUCAUUCCAAAAAACAUCCGCCUUCGCGCCACAUUCUUUUUCAACCUAAGAGCAACCACUAGGGUCGAUACACUCGUGGAAACAAUGAAAACUGGGAAGUUAGGAAGAUGGGGUAACCAGAUCGGUUAUGUGCUUCUCCCGUUUAAAAUUGGACUCAAAACUAACCCUUUAGAUUACGUAAAAGAAGCCAAAGCAGUCAUCGAUCGAAAGAAAGCUUCUUUUGAGCCGUUAUACACUUAUUUUAUUGUUUAUUUUGUCCUCAAGUUGUUCGGCAUUAAGGCUGUGGGGAAGCUAAACCACAAGGUUUUUUCUAACACGACCUUGUGGUUCUCAAAUGUACCGGGUCCGGAACAAGAAGUCACAUUUUAUGGACAUGAUUUGACUUACCUUGCUCCUAGUUGUUAUGGACAACCCAAUGCAUUGAUGAUUCACAUAGUGAGUUAUGUGGAUAAAUUGACGUUUGUGAUAUCAGCAGACGAAGAAACCAUACCAGACCCUCAAAGGCUAUGUGAUGAUCUAGAGGAAUCUCUUCAUCUUAUCAAGAAUUCCGUUUUGGCAACAGAGAGUGCUAAGAACAAGUAGAGAAUGAUGAUGUACGUGUUAUCACAUUUCAUCAAAACCAAAAAAAGUAAUUUAAGUAUUUUGUUUGUUAAUUUAGUGUGAUUUUUAGAAAAGUACCUGUUGGAAAUAAUUCAGAAGUUUAGGAGUAUGGGUAAAAUAAAGAAACUUUAGUUUGAGUUUAAUCAGGAGUCUAUGUCUAUUACUUGCUCAUCAAUUAUUACUUGUUUACCAAGUUUAUGAGUAUUUUAUUUUUCAAUA